AUGGCCUUCCACCGAACUUGUUGGCAACAGUUGCUGACCCAGAGACGCAGUCUUUCGAAGGAUGACCUACUGCUCCUGCAGACGGCGUCUGCCAGUGCUGAGCAUUUUGAUGCGGCAGCUGACAUCGUUCUCCAGGCUCGGAGGGCUGCUGAAAUUCUACGCAACAGUUCGAAAGCGAUUUGCUUCACGGGAGCAGGGAUCUCAACCGCUGCUGGAUUGGGCGAUUAUCGAGGAAAACGGGGCAAGUGGACUUUGGAAGCUCAAGGUGCAGAGGCUUCCUACACCACGGUGUACGAAGAGCUACGACCCACCUUUGCCCACGAGGCUGUGGCGAAGCUGGUGGAGAUGGGAAAGAUAGCUUAUGUGGUGAGCCAGAAUGCUGAUGGACUUCACCAUCUCAGUGGAAUCCCAUACAGCAAGCUCUCUGACGUGCAUGGGUCCGCCUUCACUGAGUACUGCCCCAGCUGCGGCAAGCGCUAUGUGCGGAAAACGUAUGUGCCGGAAGACCGCGCCGAGGACUUCUUUGCAGGCCGCAUUCCGGGGCCUAUUCCUUCGCAUAUCCGACGUUGCCCUGGAUGUGGCAGCAAUCAUUGGACCGGUCGGAGCUGUGACAAAUGCGGUGGGCCUCUGCAUGAUACGGUCAUCAGCUUUGGAGAUGGCUUGGAAGAGGGCCUCCUACGGCCGGCCUUCGAGCAUGCCACUGUGGCGGAUGCCUGCCUCAGCCUUGGCAGCACAAUGAGCAUCGGGCCAUCCAAUCAGGUGGUAGCCAUCCAGAAAGGGCCUCUCAUUGCGUGCGUGCGACAGGACACUGACAUGGAUAGACUCUGUCAAUCAUCUGGAGGUGUUCGAGUCUACGGGGAUUGCGAUGAGUUCAUGUAUCAUGUCAUGGCGGACCUGCUCGGAGAGGCUUUUGAUGAUUGGCAGGCCUCGCUGAGCCAAAAGAGUGCCAUCUACGACUCGCAGCGGCCAACGAUUGGAAAGAGGCGUGGCGAUAUUUUUGUUAAGAAAGUCUGA